AUGCCUCGUCCUGGGCGUUCUCCAUGUCUACAGUGUCGAUAUCGCAAGGUCCGAUGCGACCGGCAACAGGAUACCUGCGGCAGCUGCGAAAGACUUCAGUUUGCCUGUUCGUUCAAGCAGCCUUCAGGGCAGAAGAAAGACCAGAAGAAUGCGCAGUCUGCACCCCCAGAGCGUCGGCGCGCAAGCCGAGCAUGUCUGGCGUGUAAGCGUCUCAAGGCGCGCUGCUCGGGCGAACUGCCUGAAUGCGACAAUUGUCGUCGGCGCCAGAAACGAUGUCGAUAUGCAUCUUCAGACCUCUCAGAAACAGCAGUUGAGUCGUCGAAGCCUCUGAAUGAGUCCAAGGAUAUGGGUGGCUCGUCGAGUCCGCUGUUUCCCAUCCGCCGUCAGGAAAUACUCGACGCCAUCGACCGCUUCUUCCUCCAUCUAUAUCCCAUUCUCUCGUUCUCGUUUCUGCACGAGCCCUCCAUUCGACAGCAUUGUGCUAGUGGUACUCUGGAUCACUCGCUUACUCUGGUGCUGGCCGCUGUCACCAACGUCUAUCUAUCAUCAGACCAACUGUUGCUGCAGGAGUGUAAGUCAUGGAUCCACCGAGUAGAGACGGAGAUCUGGGAACAUCUACACCAGCCAUCCAUUAUUCGCGUCCAGACUCUGUUGCUAGUAGUCCACUAUCAUAUCCAGACCGGCGAGUUCUCCCGGGCCUAUAUGCUGGCCGGGAUGGCUGCGCGAUCUGCCACAGCCCUACGGCUCAACUACGAACGGCCCGAGUUGGGGUUUGUCGCACAGGAAACACGUCGUCGUGUACUCUGGGCUCUAACCAGUGUGGACGGCAUCUUUUCUGUUGGACUGCCCGAGUAUGAAACCAUGCCCUAUGCCAUCGUCUACCAGCAGCUACCAUCCUCCGAAGAGGAGUAUACUGGCCUACGUGAACCACAAACACACCCAAACCUUCUGGCUGCCUGCUUCCAGGUAUCCAAGAUCCAAAGGGACGUGAUGCGACUGACCCGCCAGCUGGCUAUAUCGGAUAAGCAUUUGGUGGAACUGCCGGGGCUGGUUCAGGAGAUCCAAAACGAUCUCUGGCGAUUGCAUUCAGACCUGGAACUGACCGCCGAUUUUUCUAUAUCUGCUGCGCGUCAGCCGCUAAAGAUGAAGGGGUCGCGAUGGUUUGCUCGGUAUCUUAUGGCCUCGCUCUCCUGGCAUCAAGUGCACUGCGACCUCUACCGCAUAUUCUUACCUGGCUAUGCCGAGGCAGUCCCAACGGUGAUCAUGGACGCGACAGAUGUUAAUUUUCGUCACCAUGCGGCUGAGAUGUGCCGUAUCCACGUACAGCUCAUAUUUAAGAUCCUGUGUGGCGUACUCAAAGAAGCAGAUGUACCCUUGUUGCCCCUUUAUGUGGCUGUCUGCACCUACCAAGCAGCGCGACUGACCCUAUUUCUGUCGUCUCUUCCCAGCGAGAAUACACGCAUAACUACGGAGAGUGCCAGGGGUAGCGCGGCUACGGCUCUUGAGAUCCUUUACAAGUUCUUCUCGGCGACGCCAUGGGCGCAGGAUAUCAUUGCUGAUCUCGAACGGCUGGUGCAGUCAGUGGGUACGCCGGAAGUCGGCGGGCAUUCUGUACACGGUGAUAGUGCUCGCCACCGACAUAGUCAACUUGCGGUCCAUAGUUUGAUUCGCCAGGCCAACUUUGUGGACGGGGGAUACGAACUGACUCGGUGA